UAAAACCACGUCAUAAAAUGUCAAAUUGCUGUCAAAAUGUCAUAGUAAUAAAUACCGGCUAUUGGUUUUAGCGUGGAUUUAUUUUAAAAUAACAAUUUUAAAUUUCAAAAUGACUUCAAUAGCUUCCGUAAUUCCCAAAUUGUAUCAAGAAUACACGACGAAGACCCCCAAGAAGUUGAAGAUCAUCGACGCGUAUCUUCUGUAUGUGUUCUUGACGGCCGUCAUACAGUUCGUGUACUGCUGCCUCGUCGGCACCUUCCCGUUCAACUCCUUCCUCAGCGGCUUUAUCUCCACCGUCAGCUGCUUCGUACUUGGAGUGUGUCUGAGACUACAAGUGAAUCCAGAGAACAAGACAGAGUUCCUGGGGCUGAGUGCGGAGCGCGGGUUCGCUGACUUCAUCUUUGCUCACCUCGUGCUGCACAUAGUGGUCGUCAACUUCAUAGGAUAAGAUAUUGUUUUUGAAAUAUGUCUAUUCAUUAAUAUAUUAUGUAUCUAUUUUA